GCCUGAUUGGCCCAUUCCCAACCCCACCCCACCUCCCGCAUCACCUCUGUCGGAUCUCCUGACACCUUCCGCCGCUGCCCCUGGCUCCAGCGCGCUUCUUCCCUCUGACCGGCGUCGCUGCCGCACUUCCUUCCACACGGCUGGCGCCCCUCUCGCCGGAGCGCCACCUCCCCAUCCGCCGGCGCUCCUCCUCCCACUCCACCCCGAUCCACCCUGAUGCGCGCGACCCACCCAGCGCCGCACCUGCAUCUCGCCGCCCCGCUCCCUGGCCACCGGAGCGCCAUCCUCCCCACUCCAUCGCUGCCACCCCGCUCCCAGCUGAAACCCACGACGCGCCGCCGAUGCGGGACACCUCCCCGAUGCGCUGCCGCCGUGCCGCGGAUGACCACGAGCGACCUUCUUCCACCUCUCCAAGCGCCGCCACUCGGGACGCCACGCACUUAGGCUCCCCUGCCGCCGCGAACUUCUUGCUCCUACCACCACGACCUUCUCCCCCCUGCCGCAGCGUCCUUCUUCCACGCACUCAGAACUUGGCCAUUUUUGGACGAGGAAUCAAGAUCGCCCCUGCUGCUCUGUUUGGAUCUACUCGGUUGCUGGUGUAGUUUGCUUCGAGGCUACUCACACCCAAGCUCCCACUAGCCACGGCAAUCUCAUUCCCGCAGCGGAUGUCGCCGACCUCGACUAGUGGUUGCCGGAUUUUGUGUUUCUUCUGUACAAAACUGAUGCAUUUCUUCUCUUGUUUCUGCAGUUUUGUUAACUGAACUUUAUUGUGUCGACUGAUUGAACUGCAUAGAACUUAACUGUCUAGGGUGCAAGGGUGUCACGCGGAGGUGGCUCGAGCCGGCAGGAGAUGCAGCAGUUCGAUGCAGCCCCUCCACGUCGUUCAACUCAUGCAGCCAUCUGGCUCAAAGCCAACAUUUGGCACGCCACUGCUGGUCGAGGAAGCUUUCUCUGGUACCUGCCAUGGCAAGAGCUUGAGACGAUGUGGUUGGGCGUGCAAGUACUACGCGCCGGACCCGGAGGAGGACUUCGGGGAGGGGUACGAGGGGAAGCAGGUGGUGGUGGAGAACCUGCGGCAGCUGUGCGUGCACUGGGUGGCCAACGAGAGCGGGCGGCCGUGGGCGUGGUGGGACUUCACCAUGGACUAUAAGCUGCGGUGCUCCAUGAAGGAGAAGAAGUACAACAAGGCGUGCGCUAAGGAGGUGGUGGCCUCGCUCGGGCUGUCGCUGGAGAAGGUGCUGGUGUGCAUGGGCGACCCCGACGGCGACGCUGACAAUGCCGUCAUGUCCAAGGAGCAGGAGGACCAGAUCGGGCGCGGGUCGCGCGGGGACGUCACCAUCCUGCCCAUGCUCGUCAUCAACGGCGUCCAGUGCAGAGGGAAGCUGGAGAGGACGGCAGUGCUCAAGGCCGUGUGCGCCGGCUUCAAGGAGGGGACCGAGCCGCAAGUCUGCCUGAGCCAUGACAUGGAGACGAACGAGUGCCUGCACCGAAACGGCGGGUGCUGGCGGGACGAGGCGACGAACAUGAUGGUGUGCAGGGACACGUACCAGGGCAGGGUGUGCGAGUGCCCCAUGGUGAACGGCGUCCGCUACGACGGUGACGGGUACACCCACUGCAAAGGUCGACUGCACCGCCACAUGAAGUUCAUAGGCCAUAGCUGCGGACGGACGAAAUUCCAACUGUACUGCAACCCCUCAAGAUCCAUAGUGGCCAAAGAUGGCGCUCCACAGUUGUUCGAUGUAAUGCCUAAGGAGCAAACAAUGUCUCUCACUUUUUUCGAAAGACCUACCUAUCAUCUUGCCGCUGCUGCGUUAGAGUGGCUCCAUCUGCAGAUGGGGGAUAUCUCGACCUGCAGCUGGGAGAAGUCUCGACCUGCACCUGGUCGCGCGUGCCACUGCCACUUAGGUCCACCACCUACAGCUGGCGCCGCAGUGCCUCGACCGUUCAACUAUGCCACAUCAGCAGUUCAAUAUAUAUUGGAGAAGAAGAAAAAACAACAUUAGGUUCAAAUGUUGUGUUUUGUGAUUGUUGUAGACUUGCAGCAAAUUAGAGGUGGUCUCAAAGAAAAAAUUGUUCCCUUUGAUGGAGCACCUGGCCGUUCCAUUUGUUUUGUUUUGUUUUGCAAAUUGCUAGUUGGCCGUAUAGCUUCAGUAGUGGUAUAAUGCUUUAGGUUCCUGACUAUUGGUCUUGAUGUUUGGCCGUACUUGAGGUUCCAUGCUUGAGGUUGAGCUCGGUAAUGUAUACGGGAGCAGUUUGGAUUUGGUAUU